AGGGGGCGGGAAGAAAGGAGUACAGUUCCGGUGCCCUUUCUCCCGCGAGCGCCUCCUGCCCCGGACCCUCGUGUGAAGGGUGCGAUCCCUAAACUGGAGUAGGGUAGAAGCGGGCCGGCACCCACUUCUAGCCUCUGGUGCCGCCGGCCUCACCAUCGGACAUGGCCCAGAACUUGAAAGACUUAGCGGGACGCCUGCCCUCCGGGCCCCGCGGCAUGGGCACGGCGCUGAAGCUGCUGCUGGGGGCCGGCGCCGUAGCCUACGGCGUUCGCGAGUCCGUGUUCACCGUGGAAGGCGGGCACAGGGCCAUUUUCUUUAAUCGGAUCGGUGGCGUGCAGCAGGACACCAUUCUGGCUGAGGGCCUCCACUUCAGGAUCCCUUGGUUCCAGUACCCUAUCAUCUAUGACAUUCGGGCCAGACCCCGAAAAAUUUCCUCCCCCACAGGCUCCAAAGACCUGCAGAUGGUGAACAUCUCCCUGCGGGUGCUGUCUCGACCCAACGCCCAGGAGCUUCCCAGCAUGUACCAGCGCCUAGGGCUUGACUACGAGGAGCGAGUGUUGCCAUCCAUCGUCAACGAGGUGCUCAAGAGUGUGGUGGCCAAGUUCAACGCCUCACAGCUGAUCACCCAGCGGGCCCAGGUGUCUCUCUUGAUCCGACGGGAACUGACAGAGAGGGCCAAGGACUUCAGCCUUAUCCUAGAUGACGUUGCCAUCACAGAGCUGAGCUUUAGCCGCGAGUACACAGCUGCUGUAGAAGCCAAACAAGUGGCCCAGCAGGAGGCCCAGCGGGCCCAGUUCUUGGUGGAAAAAGCAAAGCAGGAACAGCGGCAGAAGAUCGUGCAGGCCGAGGGAGAGGCAGAGGCCGCCAGGAUGCUUGGAGAAGCACUGGGCAAGAACCCUGGCUACAUCAAGCUGCGCAAGAUCCGAGCAGCUCAGAACAUCUCCAAGACGAUUGCCACAUCCCAGAAUCGUAUCUAUCUCACUGCUGACAACCUUGUGCUAAACCUACAGGAUGAAAGUUUCACCCGGGGCAGUGACAGCCUUAUCAAGAGCAAGAAAUGAGCCUGGUGACCAAGAACUCCACCCCCAGAGAAGUGGAUCUCUUUUCUCCCCUGGUUUUUGAGGAGCCAGCCUGGGCCUGGAGUCUGGCACACCCCCACCCCGUCCCCAGUGUCAUGCGAUGGCUCCUCUGCGUCAGUCCUCCCACCCUGCUUGGAUGAAUGGAGACUGACUGAUUUUCAGGGGAAUGCCUUUCUUCCUCCCCGUGUUGGCCAGGGGUAUUGGGACCGUGUGUGAUUUCUAAGUGAUUUCCGGCAGUGCUGGUUCCUCCCUCUUUGGGAGGCAGUAGCCACCAUCCCCGGAUCCUCAAUAAAUUUUUAUUACUCAAGCUUAA